GUUAAGUUCAAUGUUGCUAACACCAAAACAAAGCUGUGUCAACGCGCCUGCGCGUCCACAUCGCGGCAGAACUGCGUUGCUUGCACUUGCAUUCCAACCGAUACACAAUUCCAACAGGCGCGCGCCGGUCCAGUUAACCGAAGCUGCAUCCUUUGUUACUGCUAUAUUUGUCUUUGCGACCGCUCCCUCGGCUUACGCUUUUACCAACUGCACGCCUGCCCAGCAUCCAUCCACCAACGCGGACCCCUUGCUGCGUCAGGAAAAGAAGGCAGCGGUGUCCACCGUUAAAGGUGCUAACCCAGUUGCCGACUUGGGUGCGGGGCUCUUUGGUGGUGGAGGUGACUUCCACGACGAGCGCGAUCCCAUUACACCGUUCACCCUCUACGGGACAAACUCCAAGAAGUUCUUGAUAGAGGAGCUCCAGGGCAACAAGAUAGUUGGCAGGCGGCGGGGGUUCACGGUGGAGGCGUGCGUUGGGGCGGUGGAGGCGCCCGAGGAGACGCCGCAGUUCCAGGGGUUGUCCACCCGGGAUAAGGCCUUAUACGCCGAGGGCCGCACGUGCAAGAAGUCCGAGGGGCAGGAGCUGAGGGAGACGUGUCGCGUGGCAUGUGAGACGGCAUGCAGCGAGGCGGUGGCGGGGCAGGCUGCGCGGGUGGCCGGCGAGAGCGGCUUCCGGCUGCUGGCGGCCGACCAGGUGCGCCUGGCGCGGGGCUGCGCGCGCAGCUGCACAUACGAGUGCGGCAAACCGGGGAGCAACUUUGACUUUGUGGUGCCGUACCGCCGGUGACAGGCAGCACGUGGGGGGCGCUUGGGCGAGGGCGCGCAGGGGUAGCAGGGGUGGGUAGGGAUCAGGGGAAGGUGAAGGAGUGUAGUAGCCGGGUGCGGCCGGACCCAAGUAGCGGCUGGUGGCGGAACCAGACGGUGGGGGAUCUUCAGGAGUAAGGGGUAAGGGCAGGCAGGUUUUAUGUUCACAUCACGGUAUGGAUGUGGUUGCCGAAUGGCACCAGCUUGACGGCUUGCGGUUAGUUGGGCUGGGCCUUGGGCCCUUCGCGUUGGUGUGGAGGGGCUGCCUACAACAAUGAAGUAUGGGCCUGUGAUAGCAAUAUUUGGCAGUGUGCCAUGGCGGAAGAGGGGUUGCACACCAGGGGAUGUUAAGGUGACACCUGUGUGCAGUUGUGGUUGCUUGGGGAUUCCAGCAGGUCCCGUGCGGGUCACUUCCAUCGGUUUUGGACCUGGCAUGAAUACGGUGCACUGUUGCGUCAGGCGGGGACUGGAUAAACUGAGCCGCGGAGACACUCAGGCAGGGACCGUGACUGGGACAGGCUUUGAUAUUGGCAGUGAGAGGGGGCGGGUACCUAACAGUGCCGUGGCAUUUUACCUAACUUGCAAGCAC